UGUUUUGAUGCCACCUCUGUGCUUUCUAGGUGGGUGCAGGAUCCAGCUUCCAGAAUGUGGUGGUCCUUGGUCCCUCUGUCUUGCCUGCUGGCACUGGCGAGUGCCCACAGCAAACCUUCCUUCCAUCCACUGUCAGAUGACCUGAUCAACUAUAUCAACAAGCAGAAUACGACAUGGCAGGCUGGACGAAACUUCUACAAUGUUGACGUAAGCUAUCUGAAGAGGCUGUGUGGUACCAUCCUGGGUGGACCCAAGCUGCCUGAAAGGGUUGGGUUCGCUGAGGACAUGGAUCUACCUGAAACUUUUGAUGCACGGGAACAGUGGCCCAACUGCCCAACCAUCAAACAGAUUAGAGACCAGGGGUCCUGCGGCUCUUGUUGGGCAUUUGGAGCAGCAGAAGCCAUGUCUGACCGGCUCUGCAUCCACACCCAUGGCCACGUCAAUGUGGAGGUGUCUGCUGAGGACCUGCUUACCUGCUGUGGUUUCCAGUGUGGGGAUGGCUGUAACGGUGGCUAUCCCUCCGGAGCCUGGAACUUCUGGGUUAAGAAAGGCCUGGUGUCUGGUGGGCUCUACAAUUCCCACGUAGGCUGCUUACCGUACACCAUACCUCCCUGCGAACACCAUGUCAAUGGCUCCCGACCCCAGUGCAGUGGAGAGGGAGACACUCCCAAGUGUACCAAGAGCUGCGAGCCUGGCUAUUCCCCAUCCUACCAAAAAGAUAAGCACUACGGGUACACUUCCUACAGCGUGUCUAACAACGAGAAGGAGAUCAUGGCGGAAAUCUACAAAAAUGGCCCAGUGGAGGGUGCCUUCACUGUGUUUUCAGACUUCUUGACUUACAAAUCAGGCGUAUACAAGCAUGAGGCCGGUGACAUGAUGGGUGGUCACGCCAUCCGCAUCCUGGCUGGGGAGUAGAGAACGAAGUCCCCUACUGGCUGGUAGCCAACUCUUGA